AUGAGAUAUACACAUGUGCUUACUGCGUUGGCCGCCUGUGUCUUCAAAGGCACGGCUGGCAUCAGCGUCUCUGGAUCAGCAGAAGGCUUUGCCAAAGGGGUCACCGGAGGCGGCAGUGCCACUGCUGUAUAUCCAACCACCACAGAUGAAUUGGUCUCGUAUCUAGGAGACUCAGAGGCCCGUGUCAUCGUUUUAGACAGGACUUUCGAUUUCACUGAUACUGAGGGCACCACUACUGAAACUGGCUGUGCUCCAUGGGGCACUGAUUCGGCGUGCCAGCUUGCCAUCAACCAAAAUGGCUGGUGUACCAACUACGAACCGGAUGCCCCGUCUGCCACCGUGACAUAUGACAAUGCUGGAAUACUGGGUAUUACUGUCGCCUCCGAUAAGACAAUCCUAGGAUCUGGUUCUAGCGGUGUCAUUAAGGGUAAAGGGUUGCGAAUCGUCAGCGGUGCCAGCAAUAUCAUCAUCCAGAACAUCGCUGUUACGGACAUCAACCCCAAAUACGUUUGGGGUGGCGAUGCUAUUACUGUAGAUGAUGCUGAUUUGAUCUGGAUUGACCAUGUUACGACCGCACGCGUUGGCCGUCAGCAUCUCGUUCUAGGAACCAGCGCCGAUAACCGAGUAACCGUUUCCAACUGCUUCUUCGAUGGUCUUACGGAUUACAGCGCGACAUGCGAUGGGUAUACAUACUGGGGUAUCUAUCUAGAUGGGGACAGUGAUCUUGUCACGCUCAAAGGCAAUUACAUCUACCACUUCAGCGGCCGCAGCCCCAAGAUCCAAGGUAACACAUUACUUCAUGCAGUGGCUGAUAGCCAUCCACACCAGGUCAAUAAUUACUGGUACGAUUCUACUGGCCAUGCCUUUGAAAUCGGUUCCGGCGGUUAUGUUCUCGCUGAAGGUAACGUCUUUCAAAAUAUUGACACUAUCGUCGAAUCUCCGAUGAAUGGCGAACUAUUCACUUCACCGGACUCCACUACAAAUGAAGUGUGUAGCACAUACCUGGGUCGCGAUUGCGUGGUCAAUGGCUUCGGCAGCUCCGGCACAUUCGAUCAAGCCGACACUGGUUUCUUGGUGAAUUUUGAAGGCAAGAACAUCGCAAGCGCUGAGGCUUACACCGCUAUCAGCACUGUGCCAUCUACUGCUGGGCAGGGUACUAUAUAA